AAACAAGAUAUUUCUAAGUUUCAAGUGAAAUAAUUAAUUUAUGAUAAAUUAAAUGAAGAAUUGAUUUUCUUUUGACCUGAAUUAUAAUUAUUUUGAUUUUAAAUCGUGUUUGCAUAUCGCUAACCGUCUGCCAUUGCUGGCUUGAAGGUUCCGCCACCAAGCCAUAAAAUAGAAUUAAAUAAAAUCCGCCAUUGUAGGGUCACAGCCGGUCUUCAGUGAGGCUCUCUCUGUUUCUAUUACUACUCUAUGACAUACAUAAAAACGCCUGUAUCCCAUAAGGGGUAGGCAGAGCGCAUGCAACUACUAAAGCGUCAGUGCCACUUUUGGCAAAUAAGGAGUUGAAAGAAAACGAAACUGUGAUAGUACAAAUUAAUUAUGCCUAUUAUGAACAUUACAUUUUAUAAUGAAAUGCCCUUUUAUUUAAAAAAUAAACUGGUCAAAUCACAACUUCAAAUAAACGAAGUUUGCCGCAUUAUUAUUUAGAAAUGUAACAUUUAAGUUAUUAAAAUAAUCUUUCAUUAGGUAUUUAAUACAUUAUUUGACGCUUGACAUUAUACCUACAGUGAUCUACUCAAGAUGUACAAAUUAGUUUUGUGAGAGAAAAGACGGUAGACGAUACCCGAUGUGAAGAGACUGACGAGUUUUAUGAAGCUACCCGACAUAAAUCAUCUUCAGUUUAAACACGGCGAAUAACGGUCACGCUGGCCGUGACUCGUGCCUGCAGGUUAUAGUGCAAUAACAUUUAUAAAACAAGAAUAAGAUAACCAAACAACAAGUGUUCAUAGAAGCUGUGUAAGGUGAUUUCACUGAAGUCGAAUAUGGAUAAAUACCAAGACAAAGAAAAUGUAAAAGCGAAAACAAGGAUUCCUUUACCAUUGCCACCCCUGCCAGCUCUGCCAAACCACUUGCUUAAAAAAAUAAGCGAGAGACCCCCAUUGAAUACAUUAGCUGGCCCUAAUGGACUCAGUCAAAAUGUGCCCUCUAGUUUGCUUUGCGUGGCUGGACCAAGCAAUGCAAAAAACAAAAGCAUCGUGGAUAGACUGAAAAGUCCUUUUCAAAUUGACACAAAAUUCGUAACAAUGCAACGGGGAUGUGAAUAUUUGGACUUUAAUUACCAAGAUGAUAAGCGAAGAGUUUCAGAGCCAACUGUCAUUACUGUUAGCAGUGAUGAGGAAAAUGAAUCAAAUGAAAAGGAAAUAUAUUUCACUGAUAAAGACAGCCUUGCUAAUAAGAGGCGGAUGUCAGCAAGCACUCCGGCCCUUAACACAUUAGUUCCAGCCAGGGUGAAGAAUAUCAAGCGAAGCUUAAAGAGACCUCAUAGUAGGGAACUGCAAGGGUUAACGCCGCUGGAAAAUCGGGAAAAGGUGGAUGAUAGAGUGAAACGGAGACUGAAUUUCAAUCAGACAGUUAAAGAGAGGAUGCAGACACCUGAUUUAUCACUGAAAUCAUACAUGGCUAAUAUGGACAGAGAUUACGCAGGUGAAAUUCUAUCAUAUCUUCUACAAGCCGAGAGGAAAACAGCGGCGCUCCCGCGGGUGAAGAGUGAGACGAGAGCUGGCGUUAUCAUCUGGCUGAUGAAAAUAAAUGGCGUAGACGGCAACCCAGCCACCAUUCAAACUGCGGUGUGGUACCUGGACGCCGUGCUGGCCACCGGCAACGUGACGCUAGAGAAUAUGCAGCUAGUGGCCACAGCAGCGUACUGGAUAGCGACCAAGCACCACGGCCCGCUGACUCCUGCGUCCAAGCUUGUCAAAUACGCCAACCAUGCCUUUACGCACCAGAGGCUGUUGGAAGCGGAGAAAGUAAUAUUGGCUAGAUUGAAAUUUCCUCUCCUACCAGUAGUGCCCCAAGACUACAUCUGGUACUUCGCGUGGAGGUGCAACCAUGAGCGGCCCGGCGAGAUCGAGGUGGCCACCACGUUCCUCUGCCUCUGCGGGCUGAUGGUGAACAAGAGCCUCUGCUCGGAGUACCCGUCCGUCGUGGCCGCAGCUUCCGUGAGGAAUGCACUGUUGUUGCUGAAGAAGAAGGAGCUGAUACCGAGACUACAGAAAUGUCCAGCAUACGUAGCAGCCAAAAAAAGGCCGCGAACUUAUCGCACAUAUGUGCCAUCCUCCGCCACGCGGUGCGCGUAGUGGGCGCAAAGAACUACAGCUACAAGUUCAUAUUCGAGCAGUACGGAAUGCCGCCCAAGUAUAUCGCGCAGACCAUCGUGAGCUCGGCCAACGAGCUCGCUGUCAUGGACACUAUGAAUACCGCUGUCAUAUUUUGAAGGGUUCACCGGGUGGGCCCUGUAACAAAAGCCAAAAAUUUUGCUGUAGGCUCCUUAAACUGACCAACAUUUGUUCAGCGACUUUCAAAAAUGUUGAAGUGUUAAUUUAUAUUAUUUUCAUACAAAAUAAAUAUUAUCUUCACGUAAUUACGCCAUUAUUGUUGUCAUUGUCGUUGUCUGUCACGCUUUAGACAAAAUUAGUAAUACAUUACCUCUUAGUAAAAACUUUCUUAAGGGUAAUAAAAUCAAAAUACACGUUAUUUUUAAAAGUCGCAGAACAAAUGUUGGUCUGUGGAGUAUACUAGUAGGCUACAGUUAUUUUUCUUGCUUUUGUUUCUAAAUGGUUAUUCAAUUAAUGUUAAUUAGUUUGUUUUUAAUUAGUCAUUCUCGGUAGGUAGUAAUUUAAUUCAAACAUUUUGCUAAAUUAAUUAAUUCGUUGUUUGGUGAAAAAAUAUACUUAUUGUUUUUUCAUUGUUCAAAAUCAUUCUACACAACAUAUUUAAAAAUGAUGUAAUAUUUAAAUAUAAAACUCGUAAUGCAUAGAUCCGCAUAGUUACUAGUAUAGUUGUAAUUUUAUUAUAGGGUGUUUAAAUGUGACGUAAUUACGUAUUGCACAGUUGGACUUUGAUUGAUUAGCAACUAAUUAAUGACGUAUUAAAUUAGUUUAUUAUAUGUAUGAAAUUAAAUUAUAUAUGUGACUUUAUUUGUUAUUGUAUCUUGAAUAAUUGUUACAUUGCCGUUAAAGAGAUGCUCACAGUUGCUAGUUGUUUUGAAAAGUAGACAUUAAUAAUGAGCUUAAUUGUAAAUAUGUAUUAGCCUAAUCUGACUUUAAUAUUAACCAUACUUAACUUUCACAAAAAAACCAUGCAUUUUAAUUCUAUGACUAAUCAUGAUAAAAUUUAUAAAACUCUGACAUUCUUAAUACACGACACUAGAUGUAACAUACUUAAUAGUAAUUGAUCAAACCGAUUUCAAUGUUUUUUAACUUUAAUUAAGAGGAUAUUGAGGGUUAUCUGACU